GGUUGUUACUACCACCAGGGAGAGAAAUAAAACAUGCAGGAUGCUGGCCCUCAAGGACCGACUCUGGGAACCACUGCUCAUGGGCAAAAGAGCGGCUGGAUUUGUACUGUAAAAUCACACAAAUGGAGUGUGUUGACCAAUUAGGAGACCUCUACUGACAAUUGGCUGCCCUAGAUUUUAAUUAGGAGCAUUAACAUAACUGGAAACAAAUGCAUGCCACACUUUUCAAAAGCAAAUAUAGAAAAGAAAAAGUUCAAGAGGCACAAACAUUGACAGCUUUGUACAGCACUUCAUACUGACAGAGCUCUCGCCGCUCCUCCGUCUGGAAUGAAGUUUAUCUUGAUCAAACCUCCGGCCCCUUCAGGCUUCCUGGUUUUAAUUCUCCUCGUAGUUCUGUCGGCUCACAGAGAGCUUUAUAUGCUGUCGUGUUUUACUCUGGCUAACAUGGCUCAUCAGGGAAAUCCUGAGCACAAUGAGAACUUUUGCUGCAUGAUCUGUCUGGACCUACUGAAGGAUCCGGUGACGCUUCAUUGUGGGCACAACUACUGCAACAAUUGCAUAGAGAAGUACUGGGAUGAAAAGAAGCUGAGUGAAACGUACAGCUGUCCUUUGUGCAGACGGAGCAAUAGAUCCAGGCCUAAUCUGGCAAAGAACACCCUGCUAGCAGAUGCGAUAGAGCUGCUUGGAAAGAGUCAAGCUGCACCUGAGCUUGGUUCCUCUUCUGGACGUGAAGUAUCAGAUUCUAGAGCCAGAACCGAGUGUAAAACCUAUGAAAAGAUCGAGAAGAACGUCUGCUCCAAUCACAAGGACGAGCAGAUGAAGUUAUUCUGCCGCACUCAUCAGACGUGUAUCUGCAGCCUCUGCUCAGUGGAGGAGCAUAAAGGCGAUGACAUAGUUUCAGCUAAAGCAGAGAGGACUGAGAAGCAGAGAGAGAUUCACUCGAACCUUCAGGAGAUUCAGCAGAACAUUAAAGACAGAGAAGAAGACAUCAAGAUGCUUCAGCAGGAAAUGGGGACUAUUGAUGCCUCUGCUGAGAAGGCAGUGAGGAGGAGCAGUGAAAUUUUUGCUGAGCUGAUCAACCUGUUGAAGAAAAGAAGCUCGGAUGUGAAGCAGCAGAUCAGGAAGCAGCAGAAAGCCGCCGAGAGUCAGAUCAAUGAGUACAAAGCGAGACUAGAGACAGAGAUCUCUGAGCUCAGAGGGAGAGAAGAGGAGCUCCAGCAGCUGUCCCGCACAGACGAUCACGUCCAGUUCAUCCACAAGUUCUCGCUGCUGGGAAAACCCGACAAAGCCACAGAUUCCCUCAAAUUUAAAGAAACUCCUUCGUGUUACUUUAGGGAUCUGAUAGCAGCGGUAGCAGAAGCUGGAGGCAAACUGAAGCGCUUCGUUCAUGAGGAAACCACAAAGACGUCAGCGAUGGAGACGGAGCUGAACGUGGUGAUGUCACCAGCCGAGCCCAAGACCAGAGCGGACUUCCUGCAGCGUUCCCAACCGGUCAGCCUGAACCCGAACACGGCCCACAGAAAGCUGCUUCUGUCUCUGGGAAACAAGAGAGUCACGCGUGCCAACAAAUUCAUAUGUCCCCUUCAUCCUGACAGAUUCACAGAAUGGGCCCAGGCCCUGAGCACAGAGAGCUUUACUGGCUGCUGUUACUGGGAGGUGAAGUGGACUGGGAGAGUUACAGUAGCUGUGGCGACCAGGAGGAUGAGCAGAACAGGAAGGCAAAGUGAGUUUGGGAGCAACACGGAGUCCUGGGCUUUGGAGUGCUACAGAGACUGUUUUGUAUUCGGACACGAUGGAGUAAAAACAUGCGUGUCCGGUCCCCAGUCCUCCACGGUGGGCGUGUACCUGGACCACACAGCAGGGAGCCUGUCCUUUUUCAGUGUCUCCGACAGCAUGGAGCUCCUCCACAGAGUCCAAACUACGUUUACUCAGCCUUUACACGCCGGGCUUUGGGUUGGUGUUUGUGAUGGAUCUGCUGCUGAGUUCUGCUAACAGUUUUUACGAGGCAUCUUUUCAGGCCGGAUGAAAACAGAAACACCCCAUACUCUGCUGUUUUUCAUAGAAGACUUGGGCUGAAAGUUUUCAGGAGAUGGCCUAAUGUCUUCCAGGGGAGCAGGUGGAUUCUUUGCUAAGCGGGAAAAAAAAGCAUGUUUAUUUUAAAAAGGAAACAGACGAGGCAGAAAUGUUGGUAGUUUAUUCAUUGACUUAAAGCCAAAAUUGAUUUAAAGAACAAACUAUGCUUGAAAAAUGUAAAAUAUGUUGAAGUGCUUCUACAUCUUCAUCUUCUACAUAAAAAAGUAACUUUGUGUAC